UUUCGAUGUGUCAAGUUUUAAUUUAAGGAUUAAAAUGUGAAAUAGAUUUAGCCACUACAAUUAUGAAAUGCGCUGUAUCAGGAAAUGUAAGAAAAAAAGAAGGUUUUGCUGGAGUUGUCCAUUGAGUAGAGUAGACGGCCUGACCUUGUGGCUUUCAGUGUGCGAUUGAGUAUGAGUGUGUAGAUGGAGUGUGAACAGGGAGCAGCGGUGGAGAUGGAUGUGGGCGAGGAGUUUGUGGCCAGAUGCAAACAGCAGUUGCAGCAGCGGGCAACUCCGGAAGAGCAGUGGGAGGGGGAAGGGGAGGCACCAGUGGUGGUGGCCAUUGGGGUGCUGGUGGACUUCCUCUCUUCAAUCAGACACUCAGUGACCACAGUGGCUGAAGUGUUGCGACUUCUCAAGGCCGCCAUUCAAGACAUGGUCACACGUAGCAACAGAAAUAGAAGCAGUCACACCAAUGUUGCUCUGGAGAGUGGCUGCGAAAUAUUCAACUGGUA